AUGAGUAACGUUCCAGAAAACGCGCCGAAUCAUUGCCCUGGAACGGAGAGUGAGGAUGCGGGCAAGGCAUCGGCGUGUGCUGGUUGUCCGAAUCAAAAUAUUUGUGCCUCAGGUGUCCCAGCUGGACCUGAUCCAGCUAUAGAAAUGAUUAAAAACCGCUUAUCUAAUGUGAAACAUAAAAUACUCAUCCUCUCUGGCAAAGGAGGUGUUGGAAAAAGUACAGUAACAUCAUUAUUAGGGCAUGGACUAGCAAAACUAAACUCUGACAUGAAUAUAGGUAUCCUGGACGCGGAUAUUUGCGGGCCAAGCCAGCCGCGCGUGUUGGGGGUGCGUGGGGAGCAGGUGCACAAGUCGGGCUCGGGGUGGUCGCCAGUUUAUGUAACAGAUAAUCUAUCGCUGAUGUCUAUCGGAUUCUUAUUGGGAAGUCCCGACGAUGCCGUCAUUUGGAGAGGACCUAAGAAGAACGGUAUGAUCAAACAGUUCCUCAGUGAAGUGGACUGGGGAGAUUUGGACUACUUGCUCAUAGAUACACCGCCAGGCACGUCUGACGAGCACCUGUCGGUGGUGCAGUACCUGGCGGGCGCGGGGCUGACGGGCGCCGUGGUGGUGACCACGCCGCAGGAGGUGGCGCUGCUGGACGUCAGGAAGGAGAUACAGUUCUGCCGCAAGGUGGGCGUGCCGGUGCUGGGCGUCGUGGAGAACAUGUCGCUCUUCAUAUGUCCCAAUUGCAAGUCUCGCAGCGAGAUCUUCCCCGCGUGCACGGGCGGCGCGCGCGAGCUGUGCGCGGCGCAGGUGCUGCCGCUGCUGGGCGCGCUGCCGCUGGACCCGCUGCUGGCGCGCUGCUGCGACGACGGCCGCGACUACGCGCGCGACCUGCCCGCCUCGCCCGCCGUCGCCGCCUUGCACGACAUCGUGAACAAAAUCGUCGCCGCUUGCAAUAAAAUC